AUGUCGGCAACAGAAGCUACCCAGAAGAAGACCUUCGGAAAAUCGACUCGGGUCGUUUCCAACGAGAAGGCACAAAAGUACUACCCGGCGGAGGAUGUCUCAGCACCAAGAAAGGUCCGCAAAUCCAUCAGACCAUCCAAAGUUAGACCAUCCCUCGAACCCGGAAAAGUCCUGAUCCUCCUCGCUGGUCGUUUCCGUGGCAAGCGUGUCGUUCUCUUGAAGGCUCUUGACCAAGGUGUUCUCCUCGUCACUGGCCCAUUCAAGGUCAACGGUGUCCCAAUCCGCAGAGUUAACGCUCGUUACGUUAUCGCCACAUCUACCAAGGUCGAUUUGGAGGGUAUCGACUCGGCAAAGAUUGAGGAGCUCUCAGACCCAAAAUACUUCGCUAGAGAGAAGUCAGAGAAGAAGGCAUCAGAAGAGGCUUUCUUCAAGCAAGGCGAGAAGCCAGAGAAGAAGCAACCAUCCUCCAGCCGCGCAGCAGACCAAAAGACCAUCGAUAAGGCCAUCCUUUCCAGCCUCAAAAAGACCCCAGAACUCGCCAGCUACCUCGGUAGCUCUUUCAGCCUUCGCAAGGGUGAUAAGCCACACGCAAUGGUAUUUUAA